AUGGGUUCCAACCUGCCCGCCCAGCCGAACCUCAGGGUUACAAUUAUCGCGGCGGAUGGACUAUACAAGCGCGAUGUCUUCCGGUUUCCCGAUCCUUUCGCUGUGGCCACUGUUGGGGGCGAACAAACCCAUACAACCUCGGUGAUUAAAAAGACAUUGAACCCUUACUGGAAUGAGAUGUUUGAUUUGCGAGUCAACGAAGAUAGCAUCCUUGCCAUUCAGAUCUUUGAUCAAAAGAAGUUUAAGAAGAAGGAUCAAGGGUUCCUUGGCGUGAUCAACGUGCGGAUUGGUGAUGUGAUAGAUUUGCAAAUGGGUGGUGAUGAAAUGCUCACUAGAGACCUGAAGAAGUCCAACGACAACCUUGUUGUGCAUGGCAAGCUCAUCAUCAAUCUGUCCACCAACCUGAGCACACCAAAUACCAACCAAGCAAAUGGCUUACAUCGAUCACACAUGCAGCCAUCGACUUCCAGCGGGCUUGUGCCACAGGUGUCGGCAUCGACUCCACAUCCAUCUCCCGGCCCAAGUCAAACUGAUCCGACUGCGUCAAAUCCGUCUCUCCACCCUCAGCGUGCCCCAUCGACUACUAGGCCCAACAGUACAGUAGUCGUACCUACUAAUGGAGCGGUCGCUCCACCUAAUGGUCAGCAAGGCUCUCGUACAAACCUCAGUUCGUUUGAAGAUAGCCAAGGACGCCUGCCAGCCGGCUGGGAGCGACGAGAGGAUAACUUGGGGCGGACAUACUAUGUGGAUCACAACACGCGGACCACCACUUGGACCCGGCCAUCGAGCAACUACAAUGAGCAGACGUCACGUACACAGCGGGAGGCCAGCAUGCAGCUUGAGCGGAGAGCCCACCAGAGUCGCAUGCUUCCAGAGGAUCGUACCGGUGCGAACUCACCCAAUUUGCAGGAGAACCAGCAGCAGGCCCAGACCCCGCCGGCCGGUGGCAGCGCCAGUGCUGUCUCUAUGAUGGCCACGGGAGCGACCACCGCAGGCACUGGCGAGCUUCCGCCAGGAUGGGAGCAGCGGAGCACACCCGAAGGGCGACCAUAUUUUGUCGACCACAACACUCGCACUACGACAUGGGUGGAUCCCCGACGACAGCAGUAUAUCCGGAUGUAUGGCCAGAAUGCUAAUGGCAAUAACACUACCAUCCAACAGCAACCGGUGUCCCAACUGGGGCCGCUGCCCAGUGGCUGGGAAAUGCGUCUGACGAAUACAGCCCGUGUGUACUUUGUUGAUCACAACACGAAGACGACUACGUGGGACGAUCCCCGCCUACCGUCGUCGUUGGAUCAGGGUGUCCCGCAGUACAAGCGCGACUUUAGACGUAAACUGAUCUACUUCCGGUCACAACCCGCUUUGCGAAUCAUGUCCGGACAAUGCCAUGUCAAGGUACGGCGUAACAACAUCUUCGAGGACUCCUACGCCGAGAUCAUGCGGCAGAGCGCUUCGGAUCUGAAGAAACGUUUGAUGAUCAAAUUCGACGGUGAGGACGGCCUGGAUUAUGGCGGUCUGUCCCGUGAAUUCUUUUUCCUUCUCUCUCACGAAAUGUUUAACCCCUUCUAUUGUCUUUUCGAAUACUCCGCACAUGAUAAUUAUACCCUGCAAAUUAAUCCUCAUUCGGGUGUCAAUCCGGAGCAUCUGAACUACUUUAAGUUCAUCGGACGUGUUGUUGGAUUAGCCAUCUUCCACCGCCGUUUCCUUGACUCAUUCUUUAUUGGAGCGUUCUACAAGAUGAUGCUCCGAAAGAAGGUUUCGCUGCAAGAUAUGGAGGGCGUUGACGAAGAUUUGCAUCGCAACUUGGCGUGGACCUUGGAUAACGAUAUCGAAGGCAUUAUAGAAUUGACGUUCUCAGUUGAUGACGAGAAGUUCGGAGAGCGCCGCACGAUCGAUCUUAAGCCGGGUGGUCGGGAUAUACCUGUUACUAACGAGAACAAGGGGGAAUAUGUUGAGUUGGUUACUGAGUGGAAGAUUGUGAAACGGGUUGAGGAACAAUUCAACGCUUUCAUGUCAGGCUUCAACGAGCUGAUUCCUGCUGAUUUGGUUAACGUCUUUGAUGAACGCGAGCUAGAGCUGCUGAUCGGCGGUAUCGCGGACAUCGACGUCGAUGAUUGGAAGAAGCACACCGAUUACCGUGGCUACCAGGAGUCGGAUGAGGUGAUCCAGAACUUCUGGAAGAUUGUCCGCAGCUGGGAUGCGGAACAGAAGUCUCGUCUGCUCCAGUUCACCACUGGUACAUCCCGUAUCCCGGUUAACGGAUUCAAGGAUCUGCAAGGCUCUGACGGACCGAGACGGUUCACCAUUGAGAAAUCUGGCGAUCCGGGGGCACUGCCCAAGUCUCACACAUGCUUCAACCGUCUGGAUCUUCCUCCGUAUAAGACCAAUGAUGUGCUCGAGCAUAAACUCUCAAUUGCUGUGGAGGAGACAUUAGGUUUCGGACAGGAGUAGAUGCUGAUUUUCAUGGAUUCCGAGACAAAGAUAUUUUGCAUACGAGUAUAAUAAUUCCGCCGUCGCAUGCUGCGCGAACGGCAUGCAAACCAAUGCGAUUGAGAGGGCACAUACGCACCUUUGUGACCCUUUGGCAUCCCAUAUUCCCCCUUUCGUUAGUGGUCUUCGUCUUGUUGUUGCAUGCGGCUUUGGAGCAGACUAUAUGAUUUUUCUUAUUUUUCUACUUUCGUUACUUUCAUUGUGGUGGCUUUGUAUAUAUUCUGUAUUAUUGUCCUAUGGAGAACGAGCUGACUCCAUUUUGAAGAAUUCUGAUUUCUUCCUUCUCUAUUUCUGUCUUUCUCUCGAUUUGAGGAAAGCUUUUUCGUAUUCUUUUUAGGGUUUGCGCUGUCCUAUGGUGGCAUGUGACCCGUCCAAUUGGAUACAUGAUACAUCAACGACCUUGCCAGACCUCGAUUCAAUAGACCUUUCGAAUACUUAGCCAUUGGAUAUCAGAUAAUUCGCCCCUCGACAUGGUGCUUCACAGCUAGGAGGAAGAGGAAUCCAAUCAAAUGGGAAAAGGGAAGAGAGGGGAUAUGUAGGUAGUCCUUGCAUCUUCCUAAUCGGACCACGUUCACACCCCAUCCGCUAGUUGAUAUCACAAUAUCCCCGUUUCAUUGACAGUAUAUUAACACCGUAUUGAAUAUAAAACCACCCACUAAUAAACC